AUGAGGCCGUCCACACAUGACAGGCCUGCAAUCGAAGAAGUCCCAGGUGGCAACACAACGGGCUACUUCUGGCACUUGACUGACCUUCAUCUGGACAGGGACUACUCGACGCGGGGCUCUCGCAAGCUCUCAUGUCACCGUAUCGAUAAGGGCCCAACUGGCUUGAGGACUGUCGGUCCUUACGGAGACUUCCUCUGUAACACGCCCAAACUACUGGCGGCGUCCACUUUUGCUGCCAUGGAACGAAUCAAGCCCGACGUAGAUUUCAUACUGUGGACAGGGGACAACAUGCCCCACGCGAACGGAAUCACGUGGUCAGCCCUGUACAGUCAGACAGACUGGAUCCGAGCUGUACUGUCACGCCACGCAAUGCGACAUCGUGCCCUGCUCGUGCCCACCUUGGGAAACCACGACUGGGUUCCGGCAAACGCUCUGGAUUCUGAGGACGCGGUGCACUACCGGGCGUUUCUUAACGAAGCCGGCUUCAGACAACUGCUUCCCGUAGAUGGAUGGAGCACAUUCGAGCGCGGCGGCUACUACAGCCGGUCGCUCUCGAAGAAUAUUCGGCUGGUAUGCAUCAACUCGGCUAUCUGGUACAGCAUCAACAAGGGCCAGCGUCCUGGACCCAAUGAUCCCCAGAUGGCUUGGCUGAGAGAACAAUUGCACGACGCGCAACGUCUAGGACAGAAGGCACGGACUGCAGUGCUACACGAACCAAUGAUGGUGUUUAUAUCGGGACACAUUGGACCUGGUUUCUUUGUCCGAUCUAUUGCCGACAAAGCCGCAAGCACAGUGCUGUUCGAUGACAUCAACGACAAGUAUCAGGACCUGAUCGCCGAGUACAAGGACGUCGUAGCCGGACAGUUUUUCGGCCACCAACACAGCAACACCUUCGUCCUCUUGUCCGACAGGAAUGGUACUCCGGUGAGCUCUGUCCAACUUGCUGGAUCUGUGACGCCGUGGGGCAGCAGCCAUCCUAUCUACCGUACCGAGUCGGUGCCUACGAAUCCCUGCGUGCGACUAUACACCUACCGCCGCAACACUGGCGAGCUCCUCGACUACACUGUCUACUACCUAGACUUGGAAAAGGCCAACGUAGAUGCCCUCCGUCGGGAGGAGCCUCAGUGGGAACUACUCUACUCAGCGAGGAGUUACCUCGGCGUACCCGACCUGAGCACGGCCUCGAUGAUCGAUCUGGCCAAUCGAAUCGCCCGUUCGCCGGACCUGCUGUCGCGCUACAUCGCUCUCAGUUCGUCCCUCAAGGACUCCGGGCCGUGCGGCAAAGUGUGCCGGCGAACCAUGUUGUGCGCCGCCCUCGCAUCGCGAUUGGAUUUUCACGCGGCAUGUCUCGCCCAGAGAGACAGUUCCCUUCGAGUUCGACUUCGGAAGACGAACCGCGCCGAAGCAGCCAUCCCCACGUGUUUGGACGUGGCCAUCCUGUUGUUAGUAACGGUCACCGGACUCGCUUUUAUCGCGAUCGUCAAAAGGAACAGCAUGAUACGGUUGUAUCCGCGAUAUGCCAGAUUCUGGUGAUCACGUGCCGUAUACGUUUGGUCACGAACCCUUCUAACGUGAUCACAAAAACGCGCGUUUUCUUUUGUUUGUACUACUCUCACGCGGUUUUGCCGGAUGCACAUAUUUGUGUUUCCUGAUUUUUUUUUUUUUUUUGCUCGAAUUACAUCCUUAUUGCUAUACACGAAUGUCAGCUUUUAAAUUCGGCAACUUUUGUCUGUUGCUGUCAUAUGCCAUCAGUUGAUACGAGGGCAGUCACACCAUCGAGCCUGCCUCAAACCUCACCGAGAAAGCCUCAAAGCCAGCCUCAUCACUGCCAAGAAACUAUUUUUGAGUGUUCAACUUUGCAGAGCUGCGCUAUCCUGUCAUACACCCGACUAUCUUGCUGGCUCUUUUCGUCCUGGGAGAUAGCCCCAGCGAUCGAAUUUGGCUAGUUUUAUUGACGAACAAUAAUCAAGACAUUGGCAUUGUAUAUAUAAUAAAAAUAAGCGAAAAUUACAAGUGUGUCGUAGUAAACUACUAUGUACGGGAUAUCCUUCAAU